AUGGACUCUAUCAUCGAGACCCAAAGAGCGACCCACGAGGAGAUUGAGCGGUAUGAGCAGGCGCUCGCCGACGUGCUCAUGCAGAACCCCACUGCUCAACGCAACAUUACGCGUCGAGAUCGCAAGACGGCUGAGAUCCUUGACCGCAUCGGCGAGCUCAAGCACAACCUUGUGGGGAUGUACGAGGACCUGCCAGGUCUGAGGCCUACCGAACUCGGUCUCCUCUCCGCACCGGCUCCUGGGGAGGGUGUCGAUGAGCUCGCCGAGUUCUACUCGCGGUUUGAGAAGAUCAAGGCGUUCCAUCGCACAAACCAGAACAUCAACGCGCGCGAGUUCUUGAACGAGAUUGACGAGAUGGUGCAGGGUGACGGCCUGCAGGUGACCGAGGUGGAGGACCCCGAGAGUGGCCAAGUGGAAACUGUCACUGUUGACCCUCUCGACAAUGUCUUUUCUGGCGAGGAGGUGUACGGAAAGCACCUGGACCUUUACCUGGCGCAUUCGCAGUACCUCAACCUGAAGGGAAGCACGCGUCUGUCGUACGUUGGGUAUCUCGACAUGCUCAAGCAGGGCCGUGUCGAGAGGACGCUGGACCUGAGGGAACGGAGCCAUGCGGCAUAUCUCGAAUACGUCUUGACGCUGUACAACUAUCUCGUCUCGUUCUUUGAGCGCGCGCUUCCUCUUGUCAACCUCAAGGCCAAGCUCGAGGAGGAGCAGACCAAGUUUGAGGCCGCAUGGGCCAACGACGAGAUUCCGGGAUGGUCAGAGGCGUCGUCAAGCGCAAAGAAGGUGGCGAACGGCGGUGCAGGCAUCUGGUGCCCGUACUGCCAGAAGCACUACUCGAAGCAGACCGUGUACGACGCGCACCUCAAUUCGCCAAAGCACAAGAAGAAGGAGGCCGCAGGCAAGGCGGUCAGCGAGGAGGACGCGUCUUCUGCGGGAACCGCUGCCGGUCCGUCAACCUCGUCACGCGACAAGGUUAAGCAGCCCGCGCGCUACACUUUCCUCGUCUCGGCCCUCCUCACCUUCCCUCCCAUUCCCGACAAGAUCACCGACUCGAGGUCGGAAGUUGAGCGUCGCAGUGCUCUUACGGCUCGCGAGCGUGAAGCAGAGCUCGAGGAGGCAGAGGAUGCGCCGCCACCCAUCGAGGUGUCGAGGGGCGUUGACGGCGAAGAGGAGGAUGACGAGGACGAGGACGGGCACACCUACAACCCCCUCAAGCUCCCGAUUGGCUGGGACGGCAAGCCAAUUCCAUUCUGGCUGUACAAGCUGCACGGUCUUGGUGUCGAGUUCAAGUGCGAGAUUUGCUCCGACUAUGUGUACAUGGGACGCAAGGCGUUUGACCGCCACUUCCAGGAGUCGCGUCACGCGUUCGGCAUGCGCGCUCUCGGUCUCCCAAACACUCGUCACUUCCACGAGAUUACCAAGAUUGCGGACGCGCUUGCCCUGGCUGAGAAGCUCAAGCGCGAGGGCAGGCAGGAGCUUGCUGCCAUGGACAGGGCAGAGGAGUUUGAGGAUGCCGACGGCAACGUGUAUGACAAGAAGACGUACGAGGACCUGAAGAGGCAGGGUCUGUUGUAG